AUGGUCGAGGACGCGCUCGCGGUGGCGGAGCGGAGCGUGCUCGCGUCCUCGUUGUGCGUGAAGCUGGUGAGGGAUAUUCUGGAGCAGUUGUCGCCGUUGUGCGCGCGGGCGUCGGUUGGGACGAAGUACAAACAAUUGAGGAGCGAUUGGAAGCGGUGCGAAAUCGAGUGGACGCGCGCGCAGCGGAAGCGACGGGAGCCGAGCGACGGGAACGGGAGUUUGGACGUGUUCCACGAAGACUUGCUCAUUGAAAUUUUGGGGAAGUGCGAUGAUCAUAGAACUCGAUGCGCGCUCGCGUGCGUGUCGAAGAGUUUCAACGCCGCGUAUCGCACGUUCAUGGCGUCGGAUGCGACGAAAACACAACGCGCAUUGCGCUCGUUUUGUCGAAGCACGUGCAAAAAUUGCGGCGACUACGCGUGGACGCGCGAACUCCCGAGCGAUCGACCAGUCGAUACUGACGGUAGAUGUGAUGACCGUUCAUCGACUCGGAGACGGCUUCCUCGGAAGCGGUGUCGUUCCGAUAAGCACUCGUGGUAUUCGAGCGCGUACACUUGGCGUGAUGAUUUACACGAACUGUUGUGUUUGUACGAGUCCGAAGACGAAGAAGAACAGGAGCAGCCAGGAGAAUUGCGUUUUUGGAACCUAGGAAUCACAUGUAGCUAG